ACAGAGGCGCUUCUUGCGUCAAUUAGCUUGUUUGUCUUCACAACAUAUUACCCUAUAGCGCUGUCUACUAGUCUAAUUCAGUUUCUGGCAGUGCUUAGGUAUGAUACAGGCACAGACUGCUUGCAGACAGCAAAGAACUACUCGUAUAUGCUAGCAGGGAUGGUGUACUGCGUGCGGGUAGUUGCAGUUGAGGCGCUGCUCCUAGGCUCACAGCGCAGCGCGCAAACUAAGCUGGACCGCGAUUGCUUUGUAGAGAUGCGGCAGAGGUAUCUAGCAGAUGGCUCGUUCAGCCCGAUGAGCGAGAUGAUCAGCAUGCUCGCGUACGGCAAGCACAUUGGAUUAAACGCCGGCAACUCAGGCAACGCACAGUGGUCUCUGGACAGAAAGACGUUUUAUCUAAACAGUUGUCUAAUUGCUAUCAGCUGUUUCUGCAAGAUAGCGCAAGACUUGCUAGCUAAAGCAGAGCAGAUGCUGCAGGAGCUGUGCUAGAUUAGAAAGGAGGAGGACUAGGUAACUAUUAAUCUUAAGCAGGUAGUUAAUAAUGUUACAUUCACAAAACAACGCACGUCGUUUGUUA